AUGGGAGGUGGAAGCAAUGGAGUUAAUCUGGAUCUGCAAGAUGAAAUCGCCCAUCAAUUGGCGCUCACCACGACCCAGUCUGUACCUGAGUCGGACACUCUUUCUUUAUACUCGGCAGCACUUUCCGAUGCUGAGACAUUGAUGCUUACACGUGAUCAGUGUCUACAUCUCCAAGCAACAUACCAAGACAACUUCACCUCAUACAUCCCAUAUCUUCUUGAAACACAAUGGCGCGGCGAAGAAGAUUCCGAUGAUGAUCGGACAAUGGUAUCACGACUGGAACUGCCUAUUCUCAUGCAUCGUUCCACCACUAGUUACAACUACAAGAGAACCUUGAUCAUUGCAUCAGAGCUUAUAAGAAAUAGCGUUUAUGUGUUUCCCGAUGCUGAGUCCUAUGAGUUGUUUAAGCACCUCAGAGCAUGCAGCAAAAAGAUGCGUAAAAACUCGGUUGUUUUAUACGACGAGGACUCGAAUAUUCAAAGGAUUCACUCUAAGCGAAAUGAGAAUGAUGACACGGUCUCCUUCUUCAAAAGAUUUGCGAGCUGUACAAUAGACUCCAGAUCCCACAUAAUACCCCUAGACUACAAAGUCAAAGGAUUGGGAUUGCCCCUCUUUAAGAUCGUGGUUCCCUACAUGUCUAUAUUUCGCCGCAAGACUCCCUACAUGAUAUUUCGCAAAUAUCUUGAGAAACCAAAACCACCGACCCAGUCGGAGACAAUCGAGGAUGAACAAUUUGAGACUUUUGAUUUUUGCACGGUCCAUAUAAAGACUUUCCAGCAAUAUAAGAGGUAUACAUUCGUCAUACAGCCCGAAGAUGGGCCACAAUUCAAGGUUUUGGCUUUUCAAAACAAUUACAGACCUUUUACGGACUUCAAUUAUAAAGACACGCGGUUCCGAGUUUUUGGGACACCCAUCGCAAUGGCAUAUCUCGCACACUAUAAUCCAGAACUCAAACUCCACAUUCUAGACAGAAAGCAACCAUCGCUUAUGGAUAAUCUCAUAGAGAGAAAGACUAGUGUUAAUACGUCUGUUCAGGGUAAACUCCAGAGCAGCGGUGAGGAACUCUCCAGUUCUGGCUCUUCUCAGAAACACAAAGAGCCACAAGACGCAAUUCCUCACCCACAUAACCCCAUUUUAUUACUGAACAUUGAGAGUGUGACUUCUGCCACAUACAACAGAACAGUUCCGCAUGAAAUGCCUCCUUUUGGACGUUUUCUUGAUGCUUGUGUUUAUCGCAAGAAUGCCCCACUACUUCCAAAGAAGUACUCGGAAGUCGGCAAAAUAGAUGUUUACCAAGACCCAUCCGAAAUGGCCAAUCCUAAUCAUUCCUCUUCUCUCUCUGUGGACUUGGAUAGUCUCGUGUUAUCCACAAUUCUCUUGACAUUACGUGAGACCAAUGUGCGUACGACGGUGAAACAUCCCGGGCAGUCUCACUCUUCAAAAAUGGGUCUUUUAACUGCCAUUGCACUUAACAGUGGCGGGAGUAUGAACACUUCAGCAGUGAUUUGA